CCAACGUAAUAUCGCAUAAUACUGCAUCUUGUUUAGGAUGACGCACAUUGUUCCAGUCUACAUCUACCGCCAAAGUUGAACCGAUUUGACGCGGGAAAAGUUGGUAAAAAGGUUGAUGACUUUGGGAUUGGCUCACAUACAUGUGAUUUACAAUGACAGGACAAGUACUGGAAAUAACCAAGGCGAAAAAACGAAAACGAAGUUCCAUCUGUGGGUGUAGACGGAAAAGAAUUAAACAGGAGACAUUUGUUCCAAUUAAAACAGAGUGCUGUUUCUGUCAUGAAGGUGAAAAUCCGGAGUUAGGUGUAUUUUUUCAAGACAAAGAUAUGUCAAUAGCAGUGCAUCAAUAUUGCUUGUUUUUCUCUGCUGGCUUGCCACAGCGUGGUGGAGACGAAGAGGGAUUUGAUGGCUUUUUGUUGAAAGAUUUAUACAGAGAAGCUGUCCGAGCAAAUAAGAUUGAAUGUAAAUAUUGUUCCAAGUUUGGUGCGAAUUCGGGUUGUUCCGUGAAAUCUUGUCGUACAUUGUAUCAUUAUAAUUGUGGACGAAAGGACGGAGCUCAGUUUAAAUUUACUGGAGCAUUUGAUUCGUAUUGUACCCAACACCGCACUUAUCAAGACUUAGAAACAAUUAAAACAUUGAAAAUGCACCCAAUAUGUCCUGUGUGUUUAGAAGAUAUACGUGUUCCUGAUCAUGACACCAUUUUGAAAACACCAUGUUGCAAAAAUGUUUUUAUGCAUAGAGGUUGUAUACAGAUUCAAGCAAGUGUUAGCGGAUAUUUCUUUCGAUGUCCUACUUGCAAUAAUGAGAAGUUGUUUACAGAGGAAAUGUCAAGAUAUGGCAUAUAUGUACCAUUACGUGAUGCUGCAUGGGAAGAAAGUAAUGCAUUUGCUGAGUUACUGGAGCAAUACAAUAAAUGUGAUUUAAAAAAGUGCAAAUGCCGCCGAGGCCGAAAAUACAACACACAAGCAGGAAAGUGGCAUGUACUGAGAUGUUACGCGUGUGGUCAAAGUGGCGUUCACGUGGCAUGUCUUGGAAAUCAAUACAUACCAGGAUUUGGCUACAUAUGCAGUGACUGCAAUAAAGUUAUACGACUAGCCAAGUCGAACCUAAUUGUACAAGCCACCUUUCAGGAACGAUGGAUAGAGCAUAAAAGAUUGCUACAGGAACUGCGUGCUCGAGAUGACCCCGUCUUAUUAGCCUCUCCAGUUUUUGGUGCCCAAAUAUGGAUGAAGCGCUUUAAAGUUAAACCUUGUAGAGUCUAUGUUGAAAAGAUGAGUUUAAAAGAUGUCAUGGAAAAGAAAAACACAAAGCAAAUGUCUAUAGCAAACGAAACCGAAAAAAGUGAACAAAAAAAGAGAAAAAGAACUGGAGGAAGAAAACGUUCUAGAAAGACUUUGUACUAUUCCAAGAAGAAGAGAAAAAGUGCUCAAAUGGUGUUUGAAGACAUUACCAAUACAGACAAUGUUUUUAAAAAAGCUGUUUGUUUAAGGGAAGCAACUAACACCAUUGCAAGAGAAAAGGCAAAUCCAACAGGAAAAGGAUUUAAAAUUACACCCUGCAACAACAUAGUGGUUAAUGCAUCCAUGUGUAAGAAUGAGAAUAAAGAAGGAAUCGAGACCACCCUACUUACCCCUCUUUCAGAUGUCAACCAAACAUUUGACCUUACACCAUCAACAAGUGACAAUUCUAUUACCUUAGCGAACGUUUCAGGUUCAGUAACGCCUGAGUUUGAAUCUGAUAAUUUAGUUUUAAAAAAGAAAUUGUUUAGUUGCAGUGAAGAAAGUUUAGAGAAUAACAUCAAAGAUAAGCCAAGUUCUUUGAGAUGCAAAGUAUCGACAAGCUCGCAAAUUUUGUCUGCAAGCAGUGCCACUAAAUUGGCAAAUACACAAUUUUCUUGCCAUUGUAGUUUAGGUUCUAGAGGUUGUGCACCAAUUUUUGGAAAAUGUCAAGAGUGUCAGUUACCAACUAUGUGCUUGGGCGAUAAAAUAGUGGAAGUUAAAAGCAAAAAUAUUAUGACACAUUUGGGUGAAGACUUGAAAGAUUCUUCCAAAAUUCCCUUGCAAACAGGUGUUGAUGCAAUUGCUGACUUUAGAGAAGUUAAAAGCAAUAAUACCAUGAUACAUUUGGGUGAAGGCUUGAAAGAUUCUUCUAAAAUUCUCUUGCAAACAGGUUUUGAUGCGAUUGCUGACUUUAGAGAAGAAAACUACCAAUGGUCAUAUGUAGCUAGUAUGAAAAACGACCAGCGUCAGCAGUUGCAGAGUGGGAAUGAUAAAACUAACAAUAUUGGAAUGGACACUUCUUCAUAUGAGUUACUUGUGCCUCCAAAAAAACAAGUUGUGUUUUGUCGAUCGCUUUUAAACGGCCAUCUUAUGAAUCGACAUCACAUUGGACAAAGUGUUUGGAUUGGUUGGAAGUUAAAGACUGCAAUAGAAAGAAACACAUCUUUGCGCGUUAUAAUUCAGUUAUGAUGUUUUUAUGUUAUGUUGACGGAUGUUUUUUUUUGUUUUUUUUUUAUUAGUCGAAAUAUACUAUUUCUCACUUUGAGAUGUUUUCAUUGUAUAUAACUUUUUAUGAUAAAUAGGCUACUUCCGAAACUAUCUUUUAGGUGUAUACGAAACAUUUUU